AUGCUAGGCCGCUUAAGUGGUUCACCGACGGAUUUGGGAACGGUAUUGCCAUUUUGUGGGGUGAAGCCCAGAAGCGCCUCUCCAAGGUUGCCUUCCCUCUUCUUGAGCGGAUGCGCCGAUGCGGCGCUGCCGCAAGCGUGUGCACAUCCAGAUCCAUCCAUCCGCAGUGGUGAUACAGAGGUCAAAGUGUACUUCGGCUGCGGCUGCUUUUGGCAUGUGCAGCAUGAGUUCGUGGUCGACGAGAUGACCAAGCUCUGCCGGCAAGAUGGUAACAUCACCGCGCGGACUGCAUAUGCUGGUGGGACUCACAUGGACAAUGGAUUGGUAUGUUACCACAACGCAUUGGGAAAGGCGGACUAUGGGCAACUCGGGCACUCCGAAGUGGUCUCAAUGAGCGUGCCCGUCUCAGCUUUUGCCACCUUCGCGCAGACCUUCUGGGACAUAUGCCCCAAAGGAGUCAGGAGAGAUGUUCAAGAUAUUGGAGGCGAAUAUCGUUCCGUCGUCGGGCUUCCUGGUGGAAUCCACUCGUCGCUGAUGAAGGAUCUUGCCUCAUCUGCAACUGCCAAGUUGGUGCCUGGCACAGGCAAUGAAGGAGACACCUUGGGCAGCGACACUGUGAUAGUCUAUGAUAGUGAUCACUUCCCUGCUCAUGUUGCAGAGAAGUAUCAUCAGUUCCACGAUGAUAUGAUGGAUCACUAUGGAGGCGCCUAUCACGCCCUCCGAGGAUUUGCCGCCAGACGCGUGGCAGAUGAGAACCUCAUCGUUUACGCCGAGACUGGCUCUGGGAAGACCUUGGUGGCCGAGCUGGCCAUUAAGGAGGCGCUCAAGCAGCAGCCAGAGAAGAGGUGUGCAUUCCUAGUGACUGCAACUCGAUUGCUGGCGCAUCAGCAGUGGCAGCGCCUCUUGGACUCCCUGCGGGAGGAGGAUCCAUCCACGCUUUCCGAGGAUGUGGUGGAGGUGACCGGCUACACCACCAGCGACUGGUGUUUGGAGCAGUGGCGGGACUGCAUGAGCCGUUCGAAGGUGCUGGUGGGCACCAUCGAGACCCUUUGCCGGGCCAUUGUGGACCACGGCUAUCUCAGCUUGUCGGAAUUCUCCCUUGUGGUCAUCGAUGAGUGCCACAAGGCCACUGGCGACAGCCCUGGAGCAGAAAUCCUGCACCGGAUAGCCUCUUCGUCACCAAGGGUCUUGGGACUCACGGCAUCCUAUGCCAACGACAAGGCCACCACAGCGGAGGGCUUCCAGCAGAGCCGCAGAACCUUGCAGGCCCUUUUUCGUGGACAGGUGCACACCUGUGAUGUUCCUCAGCGCCGCAAGCCGCGCUUCAAGAAGAUUGAGUACAUAGCACCUCAGCUUGGAGCCCAAAGGUUAGCCGAGGAGGUUUGCCACCGGCUUUGGGAAGAGCUGCGGAAGGCUGACGUGAGAGAACCCAAGGAGGCACAACGACUCGUCCAGCAGAUGGUCGAUCUGCUUCAAGAGCUGGGCUCCGAAGCUUUUCUGCAUGGCCUGGAGCAUGGUGUCGUGGCGCAAAUGGAAGGUCGCAUUGACAACUUCUCCAAGAUCUUGGAGAGAAAGUCAUUGGCGCAGAUUUACCAGGUUGAUCUGGAAAAGUUGAAGCUGGCCCUGCGUGGGGUGGUGGAGUCCGUCAAACAGAUGGACAUCCUGAGGAGCUUUGAUGCAAGCUCUCCGAAGCUCUGUGCAUUGCUCCAGUGCUUGGAACAAGAAUUGGGCACAAACGAGACGUCUUGCGGAAUGGUCUUUGUUUCAAAGGUGGCCUUGGCUCUCCCGCUGGCUGCCGUGUUAGAGCAGAAGCUAGCGAAUGUCGCCAUUGGCGCGGUGAGCGGGGUGAAUUCCAUGACGGAGCUUUCGCGCAACAAGGCAUUCUUGGAUUUCCGAGAAGGCCGCACUCGGCUCCUCGUGUGCACCCAGUGCGCGGAAGAAGGCCUCGACGUGGCUGAGUGCUCCUUUGUCAUACGCUUCCAGGAGUUUGAGACCACCCGCAGCCACGUGCAAGGAGUUGGCCGCGCGAGGAAGGAGGAGGCACGCGUCUACUAUUUUGAGAACUGCCCCGACUUGGAAUGCCAACGUGCAGAAGUCAUGGACACAGUAGCCCGAAAGGCUGAGGCGGUGAUCCCUGUAGCGCUGCCUCCAUACUGCCGAAGGAGCGACGUGCAUCCCUUCACAGUGCCUGGAAGUGGCGCCGAAGUGAACUUCAGGAGUGCUCCUUGCAUUUUGUCAGAGUACAUUAGCCAGACUGCAGGAGGCCUAUCUUUCAAGAGUCUGAAGGUUGAUGGGGGUGUCUUAUUUGCUGGCCCAACAGGGGGUCUGAAGCUCUUAGAAAAGGACGUAUGCAGGCUGAUGGCGGAACAUAUCGAUGUGGACACCGACACAUUAUUGAAAUAUGUGUCGGUCUUGGCGCUCCAUUCUCAAGGGUGGCUAGAUUGCCACAACACUGUGCCCAAGCGCAUCCUGCGACAAUCUGCCAGGUGGUACAGGUCUGCGCUAGAAGCAGAGCCAAUCGCGUGUCCGGAGCUCCGCUGCUUGGUCUCCCGCAUCUCGCCAUCGGCGCCCGCCCACCUGAGCAGUCGGGAGCGCACACAUGUGGCCAGCGGCGCAGAGCAGGUUGAGCUGGGCCGUCGACGUCUCAAGCCUGAUGAGAUCUUAAACACGCAGUUGACGGUCAACCAGACCUUUUCCAACGGCAGCAAUGUGCUUCAAGCGAUGGCAGACAUCGUCUUGGGUACAAAGGACGUCAAGGAUUUUCCUUGCAUCAGGGUCGCUUGGAGUGUGGCUGGGCAAUGCUGGUAUUCAGCGGACAACCGGCGACUCUUCAUCUUCAAGGUAGUGAUGCCUUUGAUCGACCUGACCGACAUCGAGGUUGACGAGAUCAACUGGACCUCUGAAUUCGACUGUAAAAACAGGCAAGCGGAAAGAUGGGGGAAGGUGUGGGCGACCCACGAGAAGAGUGUGCGACAAGUGCGUCACAAGCUUCUUGAGCUCUUGGCUGGACAAGGUGAUGAAGGAGAUCCUGAGUUUCAUGACGAGGACGAGAGAUCGGCAUCGAUUCUUCGGCGUUUGCCCGAUGCAGCUGUUCUCAUGGACGGCGUCGAUGUUCGCGCAGAAGGAUCAGUUGGCGCACACCAUCAGUCCGAGCUCUCCAGGCCCCAAUGGGACCGGACUGGCCAUCCGCAGGGGCAGCUUCAGGCUGAUGUUCUCGAAGAGGUUGAAGAUCGUGGCCGUGCGCCAGAACUGCAGGAUGCUUACCACUUGCCAGCAGCUCCCUCCCGCAAUGUGGCCUACUUGGAGGGCACCACGCGGCCGAGCACCAAAGCGGCCCACGCCGUGCAGCCGACAGCCUUCCAUCGUGUGCUAGGCGAAGCAGAGCCGGAGCGAGAGCCCCUGGAGCGCAUGGAGGUGAUUCAAGGUGGCAGCCCUGAAGCGGAGGAGCUUCUCCGACGUGUGGGGCUGACCUUGUCGCGGAGUUGCAAGCGCGAAGACGAGGAAAGUGCGGUCAGUCUUUUGAAGGAGGCCCUGGAAGGCCAUUGUCGCCUCAAGGAUUUUGAGGAACUCCCAUGGACUUGGCAGGACUUCGGUGACAAGAGCUUUCGCUCCGUGGUGAUCGUGGCCGGGAAGCGCUUCGUCGGGGACGAGGCGAGCAACAAGAAGUCGGCCAAGAAGAAGGCUGCACUUGCUGCCAUCCGAGGCCUUUGCCAACUCGUGGAGCCGGCAGAGCCCUCGGCGGCGGAGCCGCCUGCGAUGUCCUCGACGAGUGAAGGGUCGGAGGACUCUUGGCACGUCGUGCGCCUGGAAGAUCUGGAUGACAUCGAAGUGGUGACAGCGACAGGCCAUGAUGUUCCAAGUGGCUAUGUACGACUGGAGUUGGUUUUCGAGCCUACCCAGAAGUUCUUCAACCCGAAGAAUGAAUUGCUGGAUCACCUUCAGGGUGCUUUAGGACGAAGCCCAAGUCCGUCCGAGCUGCGCUUUGCCUUCAAAGGGCGUGAUGGCUUCUGGCGCUGCCGGGCUGAGGCGAACAUGCCAAUGCUGCAGGGCAGCUUCGAAGGGAUCCCUGCCGAGAGCCAACGGCAGGCUGAGCAGAACGCUGCGUGGCGCGUUGUAGAGAAGAUGAAGUUGAUCCAGGUUCGCGAGAUGGAGAAGACCUGCACGGUGAAGGACAUUCUCAGGACACUUCCAAGCGAGAACCUUGAGCUCCUUCAGGAUGGCUCCAUCCUGUCCAACGACUUGCGGCUCUCGGAGCUCCGUGGCGGCCGUCUCGAGGUUCCAGCACGGCCAUUUACCCCACCUGAAGAGUUGACCAACAAAGAGAUCACACCCAACUCCGUGACCGCCAAAUUAGCGACGGAGAUCACCUUCACUGGGGCGAAGGAUGGAGACAAGGCAAAGCAACGCGCGGUGGCCAAGAGGGCUUUUGUGAUCCCAGCAUUGCCUGUGUUGCUGGAGAGCGCGUGGAUCACCAUAGAGGAUGAAGCUGAAGUGCUAAAGCUUUGCUACCAGGCUGAAGGCCACGCAGUUGUGGAGGAACAGACGAGCGUCUCACCCACUGACACAGGCGCAGUCACGAAGCUCAUCCCAAGCACUGUCACUCAAGGUACAGCCACCCCAAUUACUCUCACAGGGGCUGCGAAAGCAGCCAAGGCAGUCUUCGUCCCAGUGAGAGCGAAUUGUCGAGACGCUGUGCCGAACGUGGACAUAGACCGGACCGGAAAGGGUGUCUUCACCAUCGAAGGUCCCGGUGGGAAUUAUAAGCUUUGCUAUCAAGCUCCCGGUGGUGGCGACUCAGUGGAGCAGAACCCCGAAACCGGGGCCAUUGCCCUACUGGUGGAGCAGGUUGAGGCCACCAAUGAGAAUCACAUCACUUCGAUUAGCCCAGCCACCGUGACCUCCAAUGUGGCCACCACACUGAAGCUUGCUGGCGCGAAGCAGGGAGACAAGGCAAAAUUCAUUGCAGGGACCUCCUCAUGUGAGGCGGAAACACCACCGGAUAAGGAUAUAGGUGCUGGGCAUGCCUCCUUCAUCGUGAGCGGCGCUGGCACUUAUGUCCUUUGUGUGACAGCCAAAGGAGCUUCCGAUUCUGUCCAGCAGGAAGGCAUCACUUUGACAGUGAUAGCUGCGGGUGCAGCAAGGAACAUGGUGGGCCGGUGGAGCAGCAAGCAAGGGGCCGUGGACUGCUCCAAGUUAUCACAGGUUCCCUAUUGCAGCUCUCAAGGCAGUAGCACCUGUGAUGGCAGCUUUGCCAUUCAGUCAGGCAUUGGCUACAAGUGCUUUUGGAACACAGCCAUUUGGCCUCCCAAGUGCGAUGCCGACAUGUCCACCGAAGAGCGAGGGAUGAUUUGCCAGUCCAAUUCCUGUGGUGGCUCACCGGCCAUGUGCUGGUAA